AUGGACAAUGAUACUACCACCAUAGCAAGGGCACGUACUGAGGUAAUCCCAGCUUUGAAGAAACAAAGUGACAACAAUCACACACUGAAACAAUUCACGAACAAACUGUAUGCUCUGAAAAAGUGUAAAAACUAUAAGGAACUAAAUUUUAAGACAAUAAGUCACUUGUCAAAGUGCUUCAGAUAUUGUGUCAGCCAAAAUCAACAUGACUUGGAUGGUAUGAGGAAGAACUUUGAGGCCAUAACCAAACAUGUAUUUGGUAAUCACAGCUUGUGUGGAUCUUGGUGUGGCUAUGUAUCAUCACCAACAACUUACAAACCCCUUCAGUUGUCAUACCACCGCUAUCUUUCCAACGAAGGACUGAAAGUUGAUCUGACAUCCAUAGUUGACUUUUACAUUUCACAGGCUGAUAGAUUGGUGGAUUUAGGAAGUACCCAGCCCAGUGAAAGUUUCAAUAAUACUGUGGUAAAUGAAAAAUUGUUUCUUUCACCUGGGAAAGUGACCGGCACAAUUGCCAUGAAAACAGACUUGAAAAGAAAGAAAGACAAAGACAAAAAAGAUACAGAAGAGUACAAGAAAAGAAGAGCAUUGAAAAAUGCCGAGAGCAAGAAAAGUCAAGUAUCAUCAGCAGUGAAAGAGGGGAUCACAUAUGAAACUGAUGCCAACAUCAGCAAUACAGAAAUACCCCCUCCUCUUAACAAACCCAUUCCAACACCCAUAGCAGCUGGGCAGCAUACAUUUGUAUACUUUGACUUAGAAACAACAGGUCUUGGUAAAUAUCAUCAUAUAUGCAUUUCCAUCUAA